UCGGACGAGCGAAUGCCAAAAGUUGAUUGAUUCAGCGCACCGAUCAUCUUUACACCAGUAUACAUCAUGCCGGAUUUCAUCCUCACCAUUGACUCAGAUGACGAAUCCUAUGGAGAGUCUAGCAAGACCGCUCAGGCUCGAGCAGAUGACCUGAACCCUGAAUUCGCCUUUGACCCCGAGUCAGAGGUCCUCGCAGCUCAAGAUCAGCUCGAGGACAUUGAAGCGAUCAAAAGUGGCUUCUUCGUCGACGAUAUUAUCAGUCGUAGACUUGGAGAGCCCCUGGUGCCUUACAGAGAGCGGAAGCGGAAGCUAGAAGAAGGCUCGGAUCCCGAGUCAGAUGAUGAGCACAGCGAACAUUCGCUGCAGGACGCAGACGUCGAGACCUCGGAGGACGAAGAUGGAGAUGGGGAGGGACAGAAUGAAGAGGAGGAGGAUCAGGAAGAUUCUGAGGAGCUAGAGGAUGAGAAUGGUGAUCAAUCUAGCCAAGAUUCGGGCUCCGACUCCGACGAGUCCCUUGAUGAGGCCGAAGAAACCCGCAAGGCCGAAUUCUUUGAUACUGCUCCGACGUCUGACCCUUCGCUCCCCUCAUCUUUCGCUGCCAUGAACCUCUCCCGACCUCUGCUGCGCGGACUGACAGCCAUGUCACUCGUCAGUCCCACUCCAAUUCAAGCUCGAGCAAUUCCCCUGGCCCUUCAAGGAAGGGAUCUGCUUGGUUCCGCCGUCACUGGAUCUGGAAAGACGGCAGCCUUCAUGAUUCCGAUACUGGAGCGUCUAUGCUAUCGUGAUCGAGGAAAGAGCGGACAAGCUUGUCGUGUACUUGUUCUGUGUCCGACGAGAGAACUCGCAGUCCAGUGCGAGGCUGUUGGAAGAGGCUUAUCGGAGAAAGGAGGAUUGGAUGUGCGUUUCGCCUUGCUCGUCGGUGGGCUAUCUCUCAACGCUCAAGCACACACUUUACGAACUCUUCCUGAUGUCCUCAUCGCCACGCCCGGCCGAUUGAUCGAUCAUCUGACCAACACCCCUGCAUUCACACUCUCUGCUCUGGAUGUGCUCGUCAUCGACGAAGCGGAUCGGAUGUUAGAGCAAGGUUUCAGCGACGAGUUGACCGAAAUUGUCAAAGCUUGCCCCCGAUCUCGACAGACCAUGCUCUUUUCAGCCACCAUGACGGACAGCGUCGAUGAGCUCGUCCGUCUGAGUUUGAACAAGCCCAUCAGAGUCUUUGUGGAUCCACCUCGAGCUACUGCCUCAGGAUUGACCCAAGAGUUUGUCAGGAUCCGGUCCGAAGAAGCACGUUCCGCCCAUCUGUUGGCAUUGUGUAAGCGAUCUGUCAAGGAGCGCUGCAUCAUCUUCUUCCGAAGCAAGGCAUUGGCACAUCAGAUGAAGAUCAUCUUUGGAUUGAGCAGACUGAAAGCGGCCGAACUGCACGGGAAUUUGACUCAGGAGCAGCGUCUCAAUGCUUUGACCGAAUUCAAAGCUGGAAAAGUAGACUACCUCCUCGCCACCGAUCUCGCCUCUCGAGGUCUUGAUAUUAAAGGCAUAGAGACAGUCAUCAACUACGAUAUGCCGAAUCAAUUGGCUUCUUAUACUCACCGAGUCGGUCGUACGGCUCGUGCAGGACGCAAAGGUCGGUCAAUCUCACUGGUCGGCGAGGGCGAUCGAAAAAUGCUUAAAAGCGUCGUUAAACACUCGAAAGACGAGAACAUGAGGCAUCGCAUCAUACCAUCGGAGGCUGUCGCAACAGCCAGCAUAGCGCUCUCAGAGAUGGAAGAGGACAUUACUGAGAUCUUGAAGGAGGAACGAGAGGAAAAAGCACUUCGACAAGCCGAUAUGGAGGUCCGCAAGGGACAGAACAUGGUGGAACAUGAAGCCGAGAUCUUUGCCAGACCCGCUAGAACAUGGUUCCAGACUGAGAAGGAGAAGCAGGCGGCUAAGAAUGCUGGAAAGCCUGUGAAUAGUAAGACCGAAAAAGCCAAUCCUAUCAAGCGCGGGAAGUACGAUGGGUUGUCUCGAAAGGCAAAGCGAAGGAAGAUGAUCAUGGAGGAUGAGGCGCCAGACAAGGAUCGUGGGAUUGCAGCUGCUAUCCGGUCUGCCAAAAAGACGGCCCGACCUAAGAAAAUCACCGAAUUGGAUAGUCGACCACAAAAGACUAAGAAAUCAGUGUCUGGGCCAAAGAAAGGCAAGAGGAGCGCUUUCGACAGCGACAAGGGAGCCCAGAGAGGUGGCAGUGGCCAUGAGGGAAUGAGGGCCAAGCCUGUCAAGGUCAACUUGAGCAAGAAGGGCAAGGGCGGCGGCGGCAGCGGUGGCAAGAGGAAGAGGUAGACCCAAAGAAAAUGUUAUGCAUGUGCCACGUGGACUUGGGG